AUGCAUUAUUUUGGAAUUGAAAACCACCACCGAUCAGUGUUAUGGUGUCCCAUGAUGAUUCUUCUCCUAUUUCUCCUUCUUGUGGGAGUAGCCUCCUCCUCAUCAUCAUCAUCACCUACAAUAACAACUCCAUCAUCUCUUAAUGACUGUCCAACCUUUAGAUCCAUUCCGUAUCAUCCUAAAUUUCCCUAUGAAUCGGAUGGCACUGUUGAAUCCAGUACCUACAUUACCAUGAGAGAUCAAGUCAAGAUUGCCUGUGAUCUGUACAUUCCGUUCCGAGCUCUCAAUGAAAAUCAUCGAUUACCAACCCUCUUUCAUGUAACCCGAUAUGGAAGAUCUCAUAGAAUUCGGUGGCCCUUUUCUCUCUUGUUUGGUGAGAGAAUAAGCUCGAGAGGAAUUCCUUUUAAAACCUAUAACGCAAGAGGCUAUGCGGUGGUUUCAUGUGAUACGAGAGGAACUGGAGCUAGCUUUGGAAAACGUUUGUAUGAUUUUCAUCAUGAAGAAGUUGAAGACUAUCGGGAAUUGUUGGAUUGGAUUGUUCAGCAGAGAUUUAGUAAUGGAAAAGUUGUGAGUGUUGGAAUUUCGUAUGACGGAAUGGCAACAGAUUUUAUGAUGUCAUUGAAUCAUGAAGCAUUGGUUGCAGUUGCAACCAUUAGUUCCCCUUUUGAUAUGUAUCGGGAUGUGUUGUAUCCGGGUGGAUUGUAUCAGUAUGCCUUCUUGGACGCAUAUUUGAAAUCGACCAAAAAUCUUGAAAGUGGUGGCUUACCUGAUCGAUACAAGGCUUGCAAAGGUUGUGAGCCAGUCACGUGGAGAGAGAAAUUCUUCGUAUGGUUGGGAAAGCUCAUGAUUGAUGGAGUUGAAAAGGUCAAUAAUGAUGUAGUGUCUUAUCGUCGUGCUUUGGAAGACCACAAAGGAUCUACGAACAUGCUCGAUUUAAUGCCAUUGAUCGAAGAAGGUAUUGACAAGGAGGUGAAAGCUUCAACAUUUACUUAUAUUAUGGAAAGAGAUAGUAAUUUUAGAGUAAUUAAUGCAACAAAACGACAAAUUCCAAUGAUCAUGUUUGGUGGAUUUUAUGAUGGUACAAUUCAAAAUUCUGUUGUGAAAAGAUUUUAUACAAUGAAAAAUAACAAGAACAAAUUGAUUCUGGGAUCCUACACUCAUGGAUUUAGAAAAUGUGCAUCACCUUACUUGACAGGAAAAACUCCUUGUUUUAGUGCCAUGAUCGAAGCUAUGCGAUUUUUUGAUCAUUAUGUCGGAAAGGAUACAGAGACUGGUAUCGAUACGGAGCCAAGUGUUCAUUUUCAUACUGCUGGAAGCGAAAAGUGGCACUCUGCAACGGAGUGGCCUCCAAAAGAAGUGUCAGAAACUACACUCCAUUUGGAUGGUAAUGGAAAAUUAGUCACUGCUGCUGAGUCUUCUAAUUCUUUGCAAUUUUCACACAAAUUGAAAUUGAAUUUGACAGAAGAAGUCGUCAUCCAUUCGAAAUUCAAUAUCAUGUCACAUUUAUAUGAGAAAUAUCCUCAAUAUACAGAAAAAUUGUCUGAUACGAAUUGGAAGAAUGGAAAAUUGAACUAUAUUUCAGAACCGCUGAAAAAUAGUAUUGAAAUUACUGGCUAUCCAAAAAUUGAUAUCGAAAUUUCUGGAGACAACAAAGAUGGAGUUAUUUUCGCAUACUUGAUGGAAUUUGAUCAUGUGAGUGGCAAGAUACAUCUUAUCAUGGAUACUCAAUUAAGACUUGUACACCGAAAGCUUUCAACAAGCUUAAACAAUGGACUUGUGGAUGCUGUGCCCAUCCAUUCCUUCCGCGUCGUAGAUAAGGAACUCCUUCAUCCAAAUAAGAAGACCAAACUGACCCUAUACUUUCCAGCAAUUUCAUAUCAUUUGCCAAGGGGUAAUUCCUUGUCUCUCUCUCUUUUCAGUUUUGACUCUCUCAAUUUUAAAAUAUUUAACGGCAUUGAGGAUUUGUCACAAGAGCUCACCAUUUAUUCAGGCUCUCUUACUCUUCCAACCAUUGUUAGAGAUGAUGACAGUAGUGUGCCAUCCAGCCCAAACAAGUCAACAAAGGAUGAAUUUUAA